AUGCCUCACAAACUGCCAUUUCGUUUGGUUUAUGUCACAUGUCAAGAUGAACAUUUUCCGGCUACUGAGCUUAAUCAUCACUCCCCUGCAACUCGGGGCUGGAUUUCGUCCAGAUUUUGCACUUUUCCACAGCAACUUGUAUUUGAACUGCAAGAACGAGCCAAUUUGCGCAAAAUCCAGCUGCUUUCUCAUCAGUAUUUGAUUGGUACGACAGUGAUCAAGCAUUACCACUAUUUAAUUUACCCCCAAUUAGCUUCGAAAAUUGAGUUUUUCGUUGGUGAUAUACGGGAUGAUGAUAUUCGACACUAUCAGAACGCUCGAUACACGAGAUUGGGUUAUGUAUCCCUAUCGGAUAAUCGAAGUACAGAGUUCAAAGCACGCGAAUUGAAAUCUGUUCAUGUGGAUGCCACGGGAACUUUUGUUCAGCUCAUGUUGCACAAGAACUAUGCGAACGAGCAUAAUUUGUAUAAUCAGGCAAGUGAUUUCUGUCAUGUCACUUUCAUUUUGAACCACAACUCUCAGAACGGGGCCCGGGGUCACAACGCACCGGGUUUGAUUUCAAGGCUCGUCGUGCUUUAG